ACAUAAAGAUAAAAAAAACAUGAGACUUCACUCAAGUCAGCCCUCAGUCGGCUUGUCCGAGGUGACAGAAGUCAGGACACAGGAGGGAAGGGGCAGGAACAAAGCAGGUAGACUGACACAGGAAAAAAGAAAAGCCAGAGCUUUGCUCCGUGCUGGGAUCAUACUCUGCCCCUAGCUGGAGUCGUCGUAGAAGACAAUUUGUUCUUUUUCCCCUCAGCAGCUGCAGCAGCCAGGUUCCACGUUACACAGAGCUCUUCCUGUUGUGAUCACCGUAUGCUGAGAUGACCGACGACAAGUCCCCUAAUGAGCAGGCACUGGAGGCUGAGGAGGUGGCCGGCCCCACACAAGAGUCCCCAGGAGAAGACAAGACAGCUGAGGAGAGCUCACCUCUGGUGGAGGAGAAGAGAGAGAAUGGAGAGUGGAUCUCAGCAGCAGCAGGAGACCAGGAGAAGAAGCUGGAAGCUGGAGAAGAAGAACCUCCUGAACCUGCCCCAGGACAGACUGAGUUUGUACCCCCAGAAGGAGGAUGGGGGUGGGUAGUCAUGCUCUCUGCCAUGUGGUGCAAUGGCUCAGUGUUUGGCAUCCAGAACGCCUGCGGGGUCCUCUUCGUGGUCCUCAUGGAGAAGUUUGGUUCCAAGGAUGAUCACCAUCUGGCAUUUAAAACAGCAUGGGUGAAUUCUUUGUCAAUGGGAAUGAUCUUCUUCUGCUCCCCUGUGGUCAGUGUAUUUACGGAUAUGUUUGGGUGCCGGAAGACAGCAGUAGUAGGAGCCGCUGUUGGUAUAAUUGGUCUUCUUUCAAGUUCUUUUGUUGGGAGCCUAGAUCCUCUUUAUUUUACGUAUGGUAUAUUAUUUGCAUGUGGCUGCUCUUUUGCUUACCAACCAUCUCUUGUUAUUUUGGGACAUUACUUCAAGAAACGUCUAGGACUGGUCAAUGGCAUUGUAACUGCAGGCAGCAGCCUUUUUACAGUAUCGCUGCCCUUUUUGCUGCGCUUUUUACUAGAUAGUAUUGGACUUGAGCACACCCUACGCAUCUUGUGUAUUCUGAUGUUUGUUCUCUUUUUGGCUGGAUUCACCUACAAGCCACUUAUACCUAGACAGAAAAAAAAACUUUCAAAGGUCUUCAAUUUCUCCAUCUUCAAAUCGAAGAGCUAUUGUAUAUGGGCAUUUGGAAUCCCAGCUGCACUUUUUGGCUACUUUGUGCCUUAUGUCCACUUGAUGAAGCAUGUGAAAGAGCGUCUGGGACCAGAUGUCAACGAGGAGGUGCUUUUACUGUGCAUUGGAGUUACCUCUGGUGUUGGAAGGCUGAUUUUUGGUAGAGUUGCAGAUUACAUUCCAGGAGUCAAAAAAGUGUACUUACAGGUGGUAUCAUUUUUCUUCAUUGGAUUAAUGUCAAUGAUGAUUCCAGUGUGCCAUAACUUUGGUGGCUUGAUUGCUGUCUGUCUAUUCAUGGGCCUAUUUGAUGGCUGCUUUAUAUGUAUUAUGGCUCCUAUUGCAUUUGAACUGGUUGGACCACAGCAUGUUUCUCAGGCAAUUGGAUUUCUACUUGGAUUUAUGUCUAUUCCAAUGGUUGUUGGCCCUCCUGUUGCAGGUCUUCUGCGUGACAGUCUUGGCUCUUAUGAUGUAGCAUUUUACCUUGCGGGUGUACCCCCCAUAAUUGGUGGAUUUAUCCUAUGCCUUAUCCCAUGGGUCCAUGGAAGGACUAAACAGGAAAAAACAAAGGCUGUGGAUGGAGAAAAAGAAGAAAGAAAUAUGGAUUAUGCUGCAAGCCCACUGAAACCUGGCACAGCAGAAAAUGAUAAAAAAGAUGAUGUCUCUGUCAUUUAAUUAGUGAUUCUUACACACAUAACUGCUUUAAUCUCUUUUUUACCUUUUUAUGACAGUGACUGAAUGUUGUAACAGGUGCUAUAAAGCCAAAGCUGUAUGAUCACGCUGAGCUGUUUUCUUGCACAACCCACUGAGCCUGUCAUGCCAAGAUCCCUCUUUGACAGCUCAGUGAAACUCCAAGCACAUAUGUGGGUGUUGCCAGGACUAAUGUGCUGCAAGCUGUGAAUAUCACAGAGAAGUAUUAUUUAUCAUCAGGAAAGUGCUGACUGCUCAUUGCUUCACAGCACUGGAAGAUUUGUUGUAAUAACAACUGUCUUCUUCAGUCUCAAUGACUCUACAUGUUUCUGUUUUGUUUACUAGACUUCAUUGUAUGAAAUUCUACCAGUUCUACAAUUUGCAGAAGAUUGGUGAAAAUGUUUUAGAGAAUAGCACAUUUACCAUAUGUUUUCUUAUUUUCAAACUUACUUACUUUUGUACUUAGACCAUUUUUUAAAAACAUGAUUGGAGA